AUGUCGUUAACCAUUGGAUCUUGGCUUGCCAUAUUCUUAUACCUCACUACAGCGUUGGGGUUGAUUAUCACAACUAACACCACCUGGAUCUCCCCAUCGAGUCUCUCUAUUAAUGACCUCAACAUCACUACCGGUGCUAAAUUUUCCAUUGUCAACAAUACCGUUACAACUAUUACUGGAGAUUGGAACAAUGAAGGUGUACUUUAUGUCACUUCCAACAACGACCUGGCUACAUCUGUGCUGAUUGAAUCCAACCUUUUCCAUAACAAGGGUGACGUUGUAUUCAGCUCGCUUCAAAGCAGUGCUGCGAGUAACUUUAGCUUGAGCUCGACCGGUGGUUUCAAUAAUACUGGAAACAUAUGGUUCGGACUCAAUGAAUGUUUCGAGACGUCUCCAGUCACUGUUGACUCUGCUGCAAGUUGGGAAAACUACGGAAAAGUCCAUUUUGUCCGGAAUGCUGGCAGACCCUCUGGGGUCACCAUUUUCCAGAGCCUCGGUCACAUCCAAAACCAUGGUACCGUCUGUCUCACUAACAUGUUCUGGAACCAGAACACCUCUAUUGAUGGAGAGGGUUGCAUCAACGUGGGUGCCAAUUCCCUGUUUCUGCUUUAUCCCAGCUUCUGGCUGGUUGCUGAAGAGCAGACUAUCUACUUGUCGAGCGAAAUGUCCGCUAUCAAUGUGCUUGGGUUAUCUUCCUCAUCAACUGGCACCAGAACUUACAAAGUGGUGGGUUUCGGCGGUGGAAAUUCAAUCAAAACUUCUCUUGGUUUUGAAACCUUCAAAUAUGCCAAAGAUGUCUUGACACUUUCCUUCUUCCAGGGCUCGUUCAAAAUCGAGUUCCAUAUUGGUCCUGGCUACGAUGGAGCCAGAUUUGCUACCGACGGCUUGGGUACGAAAAUUUCGUACAACGGCCCCGUAAACAGAACUGUUCCAGAAGUCUGUCAAUGUGAAAAAUUUCCUGAACCACCAUCGCAUCCAAAUGAGUCGGCUGUGCUCAUCGAUUCUGCCAUUCCCACUUUGACAUCCACCUCUGUUGUCUCUGGAGAAAGUGUCACGUCUUUCCCUUCCGUCUAUAAGCGUGAAGCUGCUGUGGAUGGAACUACUGAGUAUACCACCACAUGGACCACCACUGAUUCCACCGGUGCAACUGUCACGGAAUCUGGAAUAGUUAUCAUCACCAGCGGCUCUGGAAUUGUGAUUGUCACCACAAACUCGUUAGGAUCCUUGUCCACCUACACUUCCUUGUUUCCACACCGCACCAAAACGAAGCAUACCACCUACACCACGACGGACUCAGAGGGCAAUAAAAGUACUGCUUCUGGAGUGGCUACUGUGACUACUACUACACAAGGCUCUUUGUUCACUACUACGUCUCGAUUUGACAGCAGCAGCAUGGAAUAUUCAAGCGUCUACACCACGACAGAUUCCAAUAGCAGUACUCCUAGUGAGAUCACCAUCACCACUGGAAGUGACGGCUCUCUGUCAAUUCCAACUUCUGAAAAAAACACCACCACAGAGAAUUCAAGCACCCAUUCGGACGGAAUCAAUUCGACUGAAACCUCCUCCUUGUCGGUCACUUCCAACUCAGACAACUCUUUGUCUUCGACUACCGAAAGCCCUACUUCUGAAGGCACUGAAACAUAUUCCGAUCAUACUUCAGCCUUUAUUCUUACCAGCUCUGAUCGCAAUUCUUCCUCAGCUAGCAGUGUUGUUACUACUGCCACUGAGACUUCAGGUUCCUUCGAGCCUCCAGCAUCUCAGAACAGAACGAUCACAAAAACCUUCACCACCUGGAUCACAACGAAUGGAGAAGGAAGCAGUAUCACAGAUUUUGGAGUGGUCACCAUAACCACUAAUUCAGCUGGAGACCUCGCCAGUACCACAUCUCCUCCAGAAUACACUACUAUAUGGACCACUACAGACUCCCACGGCAGCACGGUUACAGAAUCGGCAAUAGUGUUUAUUGUGACUGACUCCAAAGGCUCUUUGACAAGAGAAAGCUCUAGAUACACGUUCACAGAAGAGGGUAGCUCCACAUGGACUACAGGGAUUCCUGUGACAAAAUCCGAAUCUUUUAACGUCGCUUCUGACGCCCUGGCCAUAUCGCAAGAUAUUGCUAAACCCUUGCAGUCCCGUUCCGUGUUCUUCGACGAAACUACGGAAUAUGGCGACAUAGGUACUUUUGACCAAACCAGUGUGGAAGAGACUGACAUAAAUGGAAAAAAACACACCGCCACGAUUUCAGGCGAAACUGACAAUUCAGCAGCCUCUACUUUGACGUCGGGACAAACCUUUGUUACUGGCUCUUCUGUGACUGAUACUGCUUUCACCGUUCUGAGUUAUGAGGCUGCUGGGUCUCCACCUAACUUGAACCCUACGUGGGUUAUUCCCAUUGGUUUACUUUGGCUUGUUUGA